AUGAACAUGGCCGAAAGCAUCGGAAACGGCCUCUGGUAUGCCGAGCAACAAAAGGGGGGUUUUGGCGAUGGCAAGAAUUUCUUUGUUUGCCUUUUGGAGAACUUCAAGUGGAUGAUACUUCUGGCCAUCUUCCUUGGCGGCCUCAGUCUGCACGUCUCGCAGGCUAUCCUGUGCCAUAUGUUCGGGAUAGAAAUGACCUGGGGCGCCACCAGUAAAGAGGCCGAGUUUUCCAACUUCUGGAUUGAAGUUCCUAGGGUUAUUAAGAAGGUAUGUCAUCGCCUCGUAGCUCAAGCAAACGCCAAUCACCCUCAGCACUCCCUCCCUACCCGAGAACGAACAUCGUCAUCUCGGUCCUGA